AUGCCUUUAGUCUAUUAUCUGGCACCUCUGUAUCUGCACUGUUUGAUAUUUCUCUCUAGUAGUAAAAUUAUAACUUCUGCUGUUUCUCAAUCAGCCACUCCCACAAUUUCGAGGGGUAGCCAAUGCUUCAGAGUCUCUACGAGUGUAGCAGAAAUAUUUCCUGUCCUCAGUUUUAAUUUUGAGGGCAUUGCAUCCAUGGUGGUGACUCCUGAAGAAUAUCUUCAGUUUGACUCCAUAGAACCAGCUUUAUGGUGCAUCGGUUUUCAGAAAGCUGAGGAUGGAUUGAACAUUUUGGGAGAUCUUGUUUUGAAAGAUAAAAUCAUUGUCUAUGACUUAGCUCGACAAAGGAUAGGAUGGGCGAAUUAUGACUGUUCGUCGUCCGUAAAUGUUUCUGUAACAUCUGGAAAGGAUGUUUUCAUCAACGAAGAACAGCUGAGUGUAAGCAGCUCCUCAAGAAAGCAUUUCUAUCAGCUGCUCAACAUUGUUAUUGUACUACUAAUACAUUUAAAACUGUUCUGAAGUCCAUUUUUGAUCAUAAUCCAUUUUUGAUCAUAAUCCAUUUUCAACAUUGUUAUUGUACUACUAAUACAUUUAAAAAUGCAGGCACCUCUUUCUUUGAGCUCCUUGUUCAGUCGUGACCCAUUAAAGGGUCUUCUCUUAGGUGAAAGCUGUACAUUUUGAAAUUUUAGUUCGAUCUCUGGUAAGGGUUGUGUUUCUAUAGGAAAUGGGUUGUCAAUAGCCUCCUUUAAAUUUGAGGUAGAAUUAGAGAUUGAGAGAGUUGACAUUGCUGUAUGCAUGAUCUAUUCAUCACAUAGAGUCUGAUA